GCCCUAAUUAGCAAUGGCAAUGAGGUUACUGUCACUGCUGUUGGGUGUGCUACUACUAACUGGCUUUGCAGCGGCAGAUAGUAAAACUAUUGCUAUUAUACCUAGUCGUUAUAACAGUGCUUCCCUGAACAGAAGCAGUUUUCCAUCAGGCUUUGUAUUUGGUUCAGCUUCAGCAUCGUACCAAUAUGAAGGUGCAUGGAAUGAAGGUGGUAAAGGACCAAGCAUAUGGGAUAACUUCACCCACCAGUAUCCAGAAAAAAUCAUUGAUGGAAGCACUAGGGACGUGGCUGAUGAUCAAUACCACCGCUAUAAGGAAGAUGUAAAGAUUUUGAAGGUUAUGGGAUUGGAUGCUUAUAGGUUCUCUAUCUCAUGGUCUAGAUUGUUACCAAAUGGAAAGCUAAGUGGGGGUGUGAACAAGGAAGGAGUACAAUACUACAACAAUCUCCUCAAUGAACUCCUAAACAAAGGUGUAACGCCAUAUGCGACAAUCUUUCAUUGGGAUCUUCCUCAAGCUUUAGAAGAAGAAUAUGGUGGUUUCUUAAACCGUCAAAUUGUGUAA